AUGCCCAAAAAGCACAAGCCAGGAAAGAGCCAACGCCUUCGUGAGAAGAAGAGGAAGGCAAGAGCGACCCAAGCUCUCCUGUCCGGCGUGCCUGCCGCCACUGAACCCGGCUCCGUCUACCCCGCCGAUCCCGCCGAGCCUCUCGCCGGCCUUACCAAGGCCAACCGUGUCAGGGUCAAGCGCAAUGUCCGGAAGUUCACGCGCCGCCAGCUCAACGAGCUCGAUAUCAGAACCCAGGUUCAGACCGUCGUCAUGAAGAACGAGAUGGAUAAGGCCAUCGACGAGAACAAGGACUGGCGUCUCCGCGUUGAGACAGUCAACGCCGGUUUCCAGGAGAACCAGAGAGUCGGUUUGAGACUGGGCUUGGAGAACAUGGAGCGAGUGGCCAAGGGACACAACGCUCUUCAAGAGCACGUCAGAUGGGAUGCACAGCAGACGACCGCCAAGAUGGAGAUCGUGGACGCGAAGCUGGAGCUCUUCGGCGAGGAUGUUGGAGAGUUGCGCGAGCAGAACAAGGCUCUGCGCGAGAAGAACGCUAAGUUGGAGACGGACCUGGAGGCGAUGCUUGGCUCUCUCUCGACCCUCCAGUCCGAGGUCCAGCAGCUCCGCGACCGCGGUUCCGAUGGCAAGGGCGGCAAGCAGCAGGGUGGCGGCAACCAGGAGGGAUGGAAGGGGCGCUUGCGAUCCCGCAGGAAGGCUUGA